CACUCACGGUGGUUGCACAGUUGCCCUACGUCAGGAUCCAAUAAUGACAGCUGAUAUAUAUCCGUGAUUGACCAGUUGACAAUUCUUUUAUUCACCAUUUUUCUACUCCAUUUCAGAUACCGUUGCGUUGGAAAUUUACAUCGUAACUUUUGCUACGAGUAUCAAUUAGGCAAGUCACUUUCGCACCAUGGCAAUUUCUGCUGCUCGCGGUAAACUGAUUGCCGUCAUCGGUGAUGAGGAUACGUGCACUGGAUUUCUGCUUGGUGGAAUAGGGGAGCUCGAUAAGAACCGGCGUCCAAACUUUUUCGCGGUGGAUAAAGAUACAUCUUUGAGUGCUAUUGAAGAAGCGUUUAAAUCAUUCGUUGAUCGUGAUGAUGUGGCCAUCAUUCUUAUUGUGCAGACUAUUGCUGAAAUGAUACGACAUCUAAUCGACGCACAUACAUCUGCUCUGCCAGCCGUUCUGGAAAUCCCAAGCAAAGAUAAUCCAUAUGACGCUUCAAAGGACACCAUUCUGAAGCGUGCUAAAGGUCUUUUCAGUGCGGAAGACUUCCGUUAAACUACACUUUGUCAACCCCUGAAGCAUAAUAUGGUUUAUUUUUUUGGCUACUUCCUCUGUUGUUCCACAAAUAUACGGGUUUCUCAUUUUCCAUCCGUCUUCUAUCAAUUGGAUUUCACCGUUCGUUGCGAUAGGCACCGUUGCAACUACUUCCUUAUAGAUGAACUCCGGCGGACCGGCGCAAGCAACGCUCGAUGGAUCUGCCGCGGAAUUUGUUCCUAGCGAAGAACUGCAGCAGCAGAUCAACAAACGUGCUGCUUUCCUCCAGGUCUCAAAAAUGAUCGAACCAGUCUUCCUAGAAAAAGGGAAGAACUUUCAUUCUCAGCUGUCACAGAUACGUGGACUGCUGUCGUCCACUACAGUCAACGCGCCAUACUUGGUUGGUGAAGUAAUUGGUAGCUUAACAACGUCAAGUCCGGAACAUGCGCCUGUCGGAUUCCGUUUCUUUAAGGAAUUGCGUUCAGUCAUAUCAGACCACGCUGGUCAUGAAUUAGAGGCUGGUCUGUUCAAAUCUGUUCAUGAAACCACACGUGCGAUGCUCACAAACAACGCAUUCCAACAAAUGAUUACCAAGUGCGCCACUGUUACGUCAGCUCCAGCUGUCUCUUCAGUAUGCGACGAGGCCGGGGACUUGCCGAAACAAACAGACGAUAUUACUAUCACCAACCGUGCUUUCGGUUUGACAACAUUUUUAAAUCUCCUCAUCACUCGCCUGAAUCUGCCAGAAUCCCCAGAGGCGUGCGUUUGUACCCCACCGAUACUACCGUGUGUUGACUUGUGUCAACUUGUGGAACUCGCGUGUCAUGUUCAAGCUGGUCAUCCUCGUACACCAUCUGCGAAUGAACCGGUGAUAAGCGAGUUAGAUAUAUUCAAUCUCAGAAACUGGACCGGUCUGUUUCAUCAGUUGUGUGAUAGUUUCUAUCAAUCUAUGAUGUUUUUCAACUGUGCUCUGAUGGAACUCAACUCCCGUAUUAAUGACGGUACCUGGAAUCACAGUGGAAGCCUGGGAGAUCAACAUAGUAAGCCUGGCCAGGUAGAAAACGGCUUUGAACAUGGCGCACAACUGUCUUGUUCGUUAACCGAACUCCUGCUGCGUAUGCGCGGUCUUCUAUUAGACGAACAGAUACCGCUGAAAGUGACUCGCUCCACUAUACUAGACAUUCUUCUUUGUGCAAAUCAACUCACUGCUUUAUCUUUCACAAACUGGCCUGAGGCUAGUUCUGUUGAGUUGGGGUUUAGUGAGUCAGAGGGAGAUGAGGUGUAUGAGUCCUAUCAGAGGUUUCUCGAGGAGACUAAGCAAGUCACAUCGUCAUAGCAUGCUGAAUAACUGAUGCUAAUUCAGGUUGCCUUCCUUAUCUUCAUGAUUUAAUUCUCGCAUGGCUUCUACACAAGCCUUGUUGACCUGUUGUACAUUUCGCGUUUUUGUUUUAUUCCAGCCUUGCCACGUGUAUCAUAAUGCUAUUGUUUACCGUAUUGUUUUACAGUAUUCUAUCGCAUACGUAACGAUUCUUGUUAAGGUCGUUGACCGUUGGUGCA